AUGGUUUAUAUUUAUAUCUUUCUGAAAGAAUCUCAUGUCUCUUUGAUAUCUCAGCUUAUGACAGAGACUAGUCGAGAGGGCCUGACUGAAGCAGCAUUGAACCGCUACAAUGCAGAUAAACCCUCGUUGUACAGCUUCCCUGCUUCCCAGAGCACCUAUGUUGCCAGUGAAGUUUCCACAGGCACCUCAGUGGCAGCGUCUUUUUUUGCCAGAGCUGCUCAGAAACUGAACCUGUCUUCCAAAAAGAAGAAGCACAGGCCUUCUGCAUCACCUGUUCCUGAAUCUCCUCUCUUCUCUACCAGCUUCAGCAGUAUCCUUCAGACUUCCCCACCUCCUGCACCACCAUGUUUGUUAAGGGCAAUCAGCAAAGUGAAAGACACCCCUGGUUUGGGCAAGGUCAAAGUCAUGGUGCGCAUUUCUUCCACGCUUGCCAGAGACACGUCUGAGUCCAGCUCUUUCUUAAAAGUUGACCCUCGUAAGAAGCAAAUCACACUGUAUGACCCGUUGGCCUGCGGAGGUCAGAGUGCUUUCCAGAAAAGGGGCAACCAGGUUCCACCCAAGAUGUUUGCUUUCGAUGCAGUUUUCCCCCAAGAUGCAUCGCAGGCUGAAGUAUGUGCUGGAACUGUGGCUGAGGUGAUCCAGUCUGUGGUCAAUGGGGCAGAUGGCUGUGUGUUCUGCUUUGGCCAUGCCAAGCUUGGGAAGUCAUACACCAUGAUCGGGAAGGAUGAUUCCAUGCAAAACCUUGGCAUAAUCCCUUGUGCCAUCUCCUGGCUCUUCAAGUUGAUUAAUGAACGCAAAGAGAAGACAGGAGCCCGCUUCUCGGUCCGAAUUUCUGCAGUGGAAGUGUGGGGGAAAGAAGAAAAUCUGAGAGAUCUGUUGUCAGAAGUGGCUACUGGCAGCCUGCAAGAUGGCCAGUCCCCAGGUGUCUACCUUUGUGAAGACCCCAUUUGUGGCAUGCAGCUUCAGAAUCAGAGCGAGCUCCGCGCCCCUACGGCAGAGAAGGCCGCCUUCUUCCUCGACGCCGCCAUUGCCUCACGUCGCAGCAGCCAACGGGACUGCGACGAGGAGGAUCACCGCAAUUCCCACAUGCUCUUCACUCUGCACAUCUACCAGUACCGCAUGGAGAAGAGCGGCAAAGGCGGAAUGUCUGGAGGUCGCAGCCGCUUGCACCUUAUUGACCUGGGUAGCUGCGUGAAAGUGCUCAGCAAAAACCGGGAGGGAAGCUCUGGCCUUUGUCUCUCGUUGUCAGCGCUGGGCAAUGUCAUCCUUGCCCUCGUCAAUGGAAGCAAACACAUCCCAUACAAAGACAGCAAGCUCACUAUGUUGCUUCGGGAGUCCUUGGGGAAUAUGAACUGCCGCACCACAAUGAUAGCUCACAUUUCAGCCGCAGCGGGGAACUACGCCGAGACGCUGUCCACCAUCCAGAUUGCAUCAAGGGUCCUCAGGAUGAAGAAAAAGAAAACUAAGUACACAUCAAGUUCUUCUGGAGGGGAGAGCUCUUGUGAGGAGGGCAGGAUGCGGAGGCCAACCCAGCUGAGGCCUUUCCAUUCUAGAAACACUGCUGACCCAGACUUCCCUAUUUUGCAUUUAUCAAGUGAUCCUGAUUAUUCAUCCAGCAGUGAGCAGUCGUGUGACACGGUGAUUUACGUUGGCCCCAAUGGCACUGCCCUUUCUGAUAAGGAACUGACAGAUAAUGAGGGUCCUCCUGACUUUGUUCCCAUAGUUCCUGCUCUGCAAAAGACUAAAAACGAGGGCAGGUUGGAGGAAGUUAGUGAAUCAGGGCCCAGCACAUCUGAAAGAGACUGCCUGAAGUGCAACACCUUUGCAGAGCUCCAGGAGAGGCUGGAUUGCAUAGAUGGCAGUGAAGAGACUGACAAAUUUCCCUUUGAAGAGAUGCCUGCUCAAUUUACCUCAGACCAGAUGUCUAAGUGCUCUGUCUCAAGCCAGCUGGCAGAGUUUAGCCACUUACCAGAGUCAGAUAAGGAAGAUAUGAUGCCAGAAUGUCAGCAUCCUGAUAGAGAAGCCAAGGAAAAUAUAAAUGCAACACCCAGCAAAACUAAGAGAAAUCACUCCCCUGUCCCUUCUGGAGCUCUUACUAAUGUUUCAACCCCUUCUUCUCCCAGGAGUGUGACAGGCAGCUCUAGUAAAGAGCUUAGCUCUUGUCAGUUAGCACACAGCACCAGCUUGCAGAGCAGCAGAGAAGGUCUCAACACCUGUGGAUUUGUGGAAGGCAAACCUCGGCCAAUGGGUUCGCCCCGGCUUGGCAUUGCAAGCCUCUCGAAGACAUCUGAGUACAAGCCACCAACUUCUCCUUCCCAGAGGUGCAAGGUCUAUACACAGAAAGGAGUCUUGCCCAGCUCCAAUCCCCCACCAGCUCCCCUGAGUAAGGAUACUGGCAUGACAUCUAGUGAAUCUUUAUUGCAGCCAGAAAUCCGGACCCCACCUGUAGGCAUGAGCCCUCAGAUCAUGAAGAAGUCUGUGUCCUCCAGCAAUGGGGAUUUUGAAGAGACCGUUCUUGAUGAAGAUCGGCACCAAAGCAUUUCUCCAGAAUCCAAGAAAGAGAUUCUGAGCACCACCAUGGUGACUGUGCAGCAGCCGUUAGAGCUGAAUGGAGAGGACGAGCUUGUGUUCACCCUUGUAGAAGAGCUAACCAUUAGUGGAGUCCUUGACAAUGGGCGCCCAACCAGUAUCAUCAGUUUUAACAGUGACUGUUCUGUGCAGGCUUUGGCCUCUGGGUCUAGGCCAGUCAGUAUUAUCAGCAGCAUAUCUGAAGAUCUGGAAUGUUACUCCAGUGCAGCUCCUGUGUCUGAAGUCAGCAUCACACAGUUCCUUCCACUUCCAAAGUUGGGCCUAGAUGACAAAUGCCAGGAUGAUGGCAGCAGGCGCUCAUCCAUCAGCUCAUGGUUGAGUGAGAUGAGCACAGGGAGCGAUGGUGAACAGUCGUGCCACAGCUUCAUAGCUCAGGCGUGCUAUGGGCAUGGGGAAGCAAUGGCAGAACCCCCUGUCUCCGAGUUUGCGAGCACCUUACAAAGUGCUAGCAUGAUUUGUGUAAGUGACAAACAGAAGCCAGUGACUGACAACAUGCUCAUACUGUCAGAAAUGGGGGAGGAAGCUUUCGGCAAAGUGCCACCCAUCAAAGGCUGUAAAAUAUCAGCUCUAGGGAAAACUACUGUCACAAUCAAAAACACUGCAAGCCUCAGCAGCUGUGAAGGCUACAUCCCAAUGAAGACAAACAUUACCGUAUAUCCAUGUAUUGCCGUUAAUCCCUUCAAAGCACAAGACACUGAUGAUGCUGUACCAGCAGUAACUGCAGACCCAAAAGUUGCUCAUCCCCAUGAUGGGAAAGAAUCCAAUGCUAAGAAGGAUAUCAAAUUUGAAGACCCUUGGAUGAAGAGAGAAGAAGAUGUAAAAAAGGACAGCUCUGGGAGCAGUGAUGGGACAAGACCUGACAUGGCUGCAGUUUCAGACAAGCCUGAGCACAGCACAAAGCAGUCCUCAGUGGACAGGUUUAGCAGCAGCAGUGGGGACACCUCUAUCUCUCCAGGAUCUGACAGUCUAAAGAGGAUUGUGGAUGGGUGUGAGGUGGCAGCAUCCAACUCUGCAACCCAAAGCCCUGUUCAUUCCAGUGACGGCUUGAAGAAUGGAAGCCUCCCUCGAGGGCUCCUGAAGGCAAGCAAGCCGGAGGAGCCUGACAGUCACCUCCAUCCUACUGCUACGGACAGCAGCGGAAUCGGCUCUCCUGCCCUCCCCCUGUUUUCUAAGACUAGCCUUGACAAGAAAAUAGCCUCUCCCAAACACUGUGUCCUCACUCGUCCCAAAGGGACCCCUCCUCUGCCACCGGUGAGAAAGUCAAGCUUGGAUCAGAAGAACAGAGCCAGCCCCCAGCACAGCGCAGCCAGCAGCACCACGAGCAGCCCCUCCAGCCAGCCCGGGUCCUUCCUGGCCAGCUUCCCCGAGGAGCUGAAUGCCAAACAGAAGGGCUCUGCCAUUGACAGCAGCAGCAACAACAGCAGCAGCAAGCUCUUCAGUGCCAAACUGGAGCAGCUCGCCAGCAGGACCAACUCCCUCGGGAGGUCCACAGGAAGCCACUAUGAGUGUUUGUCGCUGGAAAGAGCAGAAAGCCUAUCCUCUGUGAGCUCCAAAGUGAGCCCUGGCAAAGACACCACCAUGCCUAGGGCUGGAAGGAGCCUCAGCCGCAGUGUCAUGUCCUCACCCACCAACUCGGGCCUUUCCCAGUCGGCAGGUGCCUCCCCGAAAGCCAGCCAGUCGAAGAUCUCCGCAGUCAGCAAGCUCCUGCUGGCAAGUCCCAAGGCCCGCAGCCUGUCUGCCUCUGCCACCAAAACGCUCAGCUUCUCGACCAAGUCUCUGCCGCAGUCCGUAGGGCAGAGCUCCAGUUUGCCACCGAGUGGGAAGAACAUGUCCUGGUCAACACAGUCCCUCAGCAGAAACCGGGGCUCCAGCCUGGCUUCCAAAUUGCCCCUGCGGGCUGUCAACGGGCGGAUCUCCGAGCUGCUCCAAGGGAGCACCAGUGCCAGAGGCUUACAGCUGCGGGGAAGCUCAGAGGCAGACGAGCGCGGGGCCCUUCCUGGAGAUGAGAAGCCAGCUGUUCACGUGCUGCCUUCACCUUACAGCAAGAUCACCCCUCCCCGGAAACCUCACCGCUGCAGCAGUGGUCAUGGGAGCGACAACAGCAGCGUCCUGAGCGGGGAGCUGCCUCCCGCCAUGGGGAAAACAGCCCUCUUCUACCACAGCGGGGGCAGCAGCGGCUACGAGAGCAUGAUGAGGGACAGCGAGGCGACGGGGAGCGCCUCCUCAGCGCAAGACUCCAUGAGCGAGAACAGCAGCUCCGCGAGCGGCAGGUGCCGAAGUCUCAAAAAUCCGAAGAAACGAUCAAAUGCGG